AGGGUUUUACUCACAUCAUAAAGAACUGCAGAUUGAAAGGCUAGGCGCUUCUUUCAACAGCAGCGGCAGCAGCAGCAGCAGGCAAACAUGGGUAAAACACAUGGCAUGGGAGCAGGACGCAAGCUGAAGUCCCACCGCAGGAGGCAAAGGUGGGCUGACAAGUCGUAUAAGAAAUCCCAUCUUGGAAAUGAGUGGAAGAAGCCUUUUGCUGGUUCUUCUCAUGCUAAAGGAAUUGUUCUUGAGAAGAUUGGUAUUGAGGCCAAACAGCCUAACUCUGCUAUUCGGAAGUGUGCCAGAGUUCAGUUAAUCAAGAACGGAAAGAAGAUUGCAGCAUUCGUUCCCAAUGAUGGUUGCUUGAACUACAUUGAGGAGAAUGAUGAGGUGUUGAUUGCAGGAUUUGGAAGGAAAGGACACGCUGUGGGAGAUAUUCCCGGAGUCAGAUUCAAAGUUGUGAAGGUUUCUGGUGUUUCCCUUCUGGCUCUUUUCAAGGAGAAGAAAGAGAAGCCAAGGUCUUAAAUCUUGAUAGCUAGUUAAUUUGUCUACUGCUUUCAAUACUGGAAAUCUUUUUGUUCAAGACUUGAAAUGUUACUCUUUUCCAUUUAAUUGGAUUUUCAAGAACCCCCCAUCCUUUUAUGUUCA